AUGAUGUGCGCAGAUGAUGCCCAGCAUAGAAUCAUCAAUCCCAUAUCUACUUUUCUUGUCCGCAGCUUGUACACGAGCCUGCGGGAGUGCACGAAAUACCGUUCAAUAACGACAAGACAGUGACAAGACCUCGGCGACGCAGGGUUCCACCAACCAAGCUGUGCUUGGGCCCGUCUUCGAGGCCCUCUAUUUGCAUAUCACAUAUAUCACAUCCCAAAGGGGCCUUCGGAGGUGCUGCACCAUGUUCGAGGGACGACAUGCAGCGGACCGAUACCGCCUUCGUUUGCACAGAGCCCGUUCGGUAGUCCUCACAGGCAGUGAACUGGUCGAGAUCCGCGCUGCGCAGCGGACGUUCGAAGGAGCAUACGUCCGGACGGCGCUGGGACAGUUCUCCUUCGCCCUCGUUGUGCUGAAGAUCUUCACGGCAGAAUUCUACUCCAUUGGCGCCUUGUUUGCUGCAUACGGGGCCGGAGUGCUGUUCACGAGCUUGCUGCGCCGGCAACAAGGAAACAAGCAAUUCUUCUCAGAGGUUGGCGAAGAUGGGCUGAAUCGGAAGAGAUUUAGGACGUCUGGGAAUGUCGUUAUGGUACUCACGGUGCUGACGUUACUGGCUUACGUUGCUCUCCUAGUUCUCAUUGUCAAGCUGCGUUCAUGAGUUGUAGAUCCGAGAUCUCGGACACUGAAGAGAGGCUGUCGCUUUUCCACGUAUCGCGUAUCGCGUAUCGAUGUGCAUCUAGAGCAGACAACAUAGAGAGACAUAAUGUGAUAGGACUAAAACAUACAUUGAUGCC